GCGCCACUGGUAUUAAAGCUCGCUCAGUGAGCGGUGACUUUUCUGGAUGCACUCUGAUGCACUCAGUCGCAGUGUUUAAUUUGGAUGCAAUGAAAUGUUUCCUUGUUGAUUAGAAAAUGGCAGAUGAACGAAAUUUUCGAUCAUCUUAUUACGAGAAGGUGGGAUUUCGUAGCGUCGAAGAGAAACGAUCUUUAGAAAUAUUACUAAAGGAACGUCCAUUUGACAAAGCAAAAUUAAAACAGUUCUGCUUGAGGUUUACGGUUCCUACUAUACAUAGAAAUUUUCUCUGGAAAAUAUUAUUGGAUAUCAUACCAGUUUAUGUAGAUAGUCAUAAAUUUAUAAUGAAUCAAAGAAGACUGGAAUUUCAAGAUCUGCAUAAAGCGUUGAAAGUUACCAAGAUCUUGGAUGAGUACACAAAACCUCAUUUAGUAGUUCUUACAAUGUGGUUAUUGCGUACAAGAAGAGCAAAACUUGAUAUGAGUGCCCAAUUAGAAAUUCCCUUGCAUAGAGCUAUGAGUAGAAUGGCUGAAACAUUGUGGCAUAUUGUAGAUACAGACAUUUAUGAUGAAAAACUUGUAGACACUUAUUGGAUAUUAUGUGGCCUCUUAGACCAAGUACAAAAGUUUCACAAAGAAGUCAGCAGGUUACAAGAAUGUACUUGUACAUUGUUAGAAAGAGAAGACUCAGAAUUAUAUAAACACCUUAUUAAAAUUGAAGCACUUCACAAUAUUCCAUAUGAUGUUUGGUUUUGUUCAUGUUUUGCAGGAACAAUAUCUGAUGGUUCUAUAGCAAAAAUUUGGGAUAAAAUAGCUGUAGGUGCAUACAGAAUAUUAAUUUUUGUCACUGUUGUGACUCUAACAACCUUAAGACGAAUUCUACUGCGAUGCGAAAAUAUAGACAAUGUGUUAGAUACUAUUGGCAAUAUAACAGAAGAAAGUUCAGAAGUAAUUGUUAAUAAAGCAAUUGAAUCUUGGCAACAAAGUGGGUCUACAUUGAUAACUAUUUCACAAACUAUUUAGAAAGAUUUUGGAGUAGAAACGCAUUGUAAUGGAUAAUAGAAUAUAUAAAAUGUAAAUAUGUAAAAAGGUUUCUAAUGUAUACAAAAAUCUAUAUCUGUGUAACAUAUGUCCUUAUAUCUUAAAAAUAAUUAUUUUUAUUGAUGCAUUCGUCAUACAUUUUACAUAUACAAUUACUUAAUUUAUAGAGGUGUUAAGUCUUAAACUUGGACUUUAUUCCUAAUAUUGUGAUUCUUUUGUUUUCUUUUUUGCAAUGUUAUAUUACAACAGUGUUAAUGUACUCCAGUGUGUAACAGCAAGUUAAUAAAUUUCUAAAUCAGGCGAAAACAUAAAAUUGUUGUAUUUUAUGCCUGUAUCUCCAAGAACUUAAUUGCAUAAUAUAAUAUGCACUUUCAUGAAUUCAUAUCAUGUUCUCAAUCGUAAUUAUUAAAGUAGUUCUGUCGUAUGUUUCUCACUUGUGCAAUCAUAAUGGAAUUUUAUUCCACAGUUUACCUUAACGAUAAUAUAAAAACAAUAUUAAAUUUCGAUAUGCAUAGCACUUUUUAAUAUCAGAUUAAUUCCAAGCAAUGGAAUAGUACUGAUGGAUUGAAAUGUCCAAAGAUCGAUUGAACUUUCUUUUGAACUUUUACAAAAGAAAUAAUAUAUUGCGAUGUAUGUACAUUCUUUCUAAUUUAGAAAAUAGAAGGAUUCUUGGAGAAAUGUAAGAUCAUACAAAAUUUUAUUUCUUAUUCACGCAUUGCACCAUAUUUCAUGAAUUCCUACUGCUUCCUAACAUUACGACUUUUGAGUAGAUCUUCUGCUACUAUUCAUUCUUUGGUUUUUGCUGGGAUAUGAGUAUCCCCUUUUAUCUCUUAAUUACCUUGUAACAAAUAACGGCAAUAACUUUGUGUAUGCUGAAAAAUUAUAGUAACGAAGCUAGAUUCACUUCACAAACGUUUA